AUGGAGCAGGAGAUACGCAGUCAUCCGGACGGUUGCCACCACGUCCACCACGCCAGGCAGCGAGAAAGAGGAUCCGCGAGCCCGACCGAGACCAGCCCCCAACAAAACGUAGUCGACGCGGCCGUCAGAGGCAGAGGAGAAAGGUGCAUGCUAUGCUACCGGAAGAGCACAAGAAAAGAGCUGAGGGAGACGGCAUGGGACCGGUGGCUGUCGAGUCCCAUUCCCAAGGGUGGGAGCUCGCCGUUUGCGUGCCGAGGCUGCUUCCGCGAGGGCGAGCCCGUCCCGCUCUGCGCGGAGUGUUCUCGACACCUGGCGCGCGGGGUGCUGUCGCCGGCGGCGCUGCUCCAUGGCCGCCUCGGUUGCGAGCACGUCUUCCCCGACGAGCUCAAGGGCCUAACGCCGGUGGAGGAGAAGCUGAUCGCGCUGAACUCAUGUUAUGGGUUCGUCACAAGGUACAACGUCUCAGGCGGCCAGAAGCAGACGCUAACGUACCCCAAGCACGUCAAGGGCCACAUCACGGUGUUCCCGAACAACGUGCAAGAGCUGGCAACGAACGUGCUGCCGCAUCCGCUCGUCCGGGUGAUGGACGAGAUCCACGUCUCGUGGCAGGGGCGGGCCCUCAUCUGGUUGAAGAGGAACAACCCACACUACGCCGGGAUCGAGAUCGACGCGGCGGAGAUGGAGAGCUGGGGAGACUCGGCCGACGGGGUGCCGCCGUUGGUGUACGGGCGCCUCGAGCGGAACGAGGCGUCGGCGUGGGAGAAGACGCGGACGGCGCACGUCGUGCCGCCCACGGAGCGGGCCAUGGACGACGAGGGGGCGGUAGAGAUCGAAGAAAUCCUCUCUCUGCUCAACCAAGGGGGAAGCACGACGAUUCGCGAGGACGACGAGCCAGAGUCAAACGAGGUAGACGAGGCGCGUGGCCAGAGCGGCGGCGAGCCUAAUCAAGAUGCGAAGACGAUCAACGAGGUGACCUCAUCCGGAAUAUUUGCGUUGGACGGGCCGCCCGACGUGGCCGACGUGGACAAAUUGCGGUUCGCGUGCGAUGUCGUCCGCGAAGGCGCAGGCGACGGCGGCACGGGCCCGAGGACGUGGGUGCAAACCUCGGCAAGGGGGCAGCUAGGGCACGCCGAUGGUUCUGAGCCGCACAUACGCAUUCGCCGCGGGGAUGAAUUCGCCGACUCGUUCGAAGCCUCCUUUUUCGCAAAGACCUUUCCCACGCUGUUGCCAUUUGGCGUCGGAGGGCCGCGACCGGUCGAAGAGGCAACCGUACAGUUGGGCAGAGGCACCGCCAACACGCGCGAGGCGGAAGAGGCCGGGACGCGGGACCUCUUGUCGUCUCGGAACAUGAGCCUUCGGACGUGGGCCGACACGGUGUUGCGACGCCACGGCGGCCGGUUCGCGACGCACCACAUCUUCGCGUUCCUCGUCUUCAACAUGGGCGUGCGGUCGAGGAACCGUCGCGUCAGCAUGCUGAGCGUGACGAGGAAGAACUUCCGCAAGGUGGAGCGCAUCGUACGGUCGCUGACCGCAGACGGAUUGGCGGCAGCUAGAGCCGAGCUGGAGAGCACAGGCAAGACGACCGACGACGCCGUAAAGGAGCUCCUCAGGAGCCUUUCGUUCUCCGACUGGCAGCGCACCGCGCGCGCGACCGAAGCGGCCGAGGAGUUUCUGCGGAGCCUCGAUAAGUCAUUCAAACGGGUGCGGCUAUCCGUCUCCGACCCGAUGAGCUCAGCCAUCUUCUUCCACCGGGAGAUGACGCUGUUCUUUGAGCAUUACGUCAACAUGGGGGGGGAGUCGGUCUUCGGCCGCAUCAGCCAGUACUAUGGCGCCGUGGAAACCAACGAGCGAGGAUCUCUUCAUGUCCACGGGCUGCUCUGGCUAGACGGAAACACGCGCCUGAGCUCGAUGCUUGCCGACUCAGACGGGGAGGAACAGGCGGCCUACCGCGAGCGAAUCGUCCGCUACGUCGAUAGUGUCUUUAGCGAGGACUUAGACCAGGAAGGGUUCUGCGCCGUCCAGGCGGAGCGUUCGGCGACGUCUGAUAUAUCAUCCCUGCUGGACAGUGCCGAGCAGUUCUCGGCCUCAUUCGAAGAGGAAGCCAAUUUCUGCGCCGGCGCGACGCAGAUCCACACCCAUAGCCCGACAUGCGUCAAGUACUCCCUGGGCAACAAGGGGCGAAAGGGCGACCUCUGUCGCUUCAAGGCGCCAUGGAAGCUGGUCGAGGAGACUGCCUUCUCAUCGGACGGUGUACUGCGGAUCCGCAGGACACACCCCAUGGUGAACCGGUGGAACAAGGCCAUCGCCGUGGCUCCGCCACAACCAUGA